ACGACUACUACGACUACUCCCACACGAAAAAUGCACCGCUAGCUCUCCAAUUGCAUCAGCAGCUCAACCGCAGAGAGAGAGCGAGAGAGAGAGAGAGCGAGAGAGAUAUGGCAGAAACGGUGGCAAUGAAAAGUGGCGGUGAUCAUCAUCGUCAUCGUCAUCACUUUGUGCUGGUGCACGGAAUGGGCGGCGGAAGCUGGUGCUGGUACAAAAUCCGAAGCCUUCUAGAGAAUUCCGGCUUCAAAGUCACCUGUAUGGACCUCAAAGGCGCCGGAAUCGACCGCUCCGCCGAUUCCGUUCUCUCCUUCGACGACUACAACCGGCCCCUCAUCGACUUCUUGGCCGCCUUGCCAAACGACCAAAAGGUGAUUGUGGUAGGUCACAGUGCGGGAGGCCUGAGCUUAACUGAUGCAGCACACAAAUUUGCAGACAAAAUAAGCCUGGUGAUCUAUGUUGCGGCGACGAUGCUUAGAACGGGGUUUUGGACGGAGCAAGACGUCAAAGAUGGACUGCCGGAUAUAUCAGAAUUUGGAGAUGUAUAUGAGCUGGGAUUUGGACUAGGAGCUGAUCAACCUCCAACAACUGUAGUUGUGAAGAAAGAAUUUCAACGCAGAAUAGUUUAUCAAAUGAGCCCUCAAGAGGACUCAACUUUGGCCGCAAUGCUGUUAAGACCAGGGCCGAUCAAAGCCUUGCAAUCUGCAAGAUUUUUCGACUCUGACAACGGGGACAAGGUGCCGCGCGUUUACAUCAAAACCAGGCACGACCACGUGGUGAAACUGGAGCAGCAAGACGCCAUGAUAAGGCGGUGGCCGCCGCAGCAAGUGUACUCUCUGGACAGCGACCACAGCCCCUUCUUCUCCGCCCCUUUUCUGCUCUCCGGCUUGCUGGUCACGGCGGCUGAUGCCACCGGAAGCAUUUAGGAGCUGGGCAUGGCAGUUGAAGGCUGUUUUUUUGUGGAGAGUACUGAAUUGGGAUUUUGUUUAUUGACAAAUAAAACUUGAAUCAAGUGGAGGGUUCGACCUUUUGUGUUCAUUAUAUUAUGUUUGGUCGGAGGGUUUCAAAUAGAAUUUAACCAUUGUGUACAAAUGGAUGUCCCUCGCUGAGAAAUGCAUCUAGCGGAAGAUGUCAGGGAGCAUCAUUCUACGAUUGAAUAUGAAAUUGAUACUUAUAAAUCUC